UCUCGCGGCAGUUCAGACCUCGUGCUCGUCCCCCUCGCCUGUCUGUGUGUGGUAUCCGCAGGUCCGGGGCACUUUUUUGGGUGUGUGUGUGUGUUUGGGUGUGUGUUUGGGGGGUUUGUCGGGGCGCGGAGAGGAGAGCCGGGCCGAGGGGAAGGAAGAGAGCUCCCCGGUCUCGGGCUGCGCUCUCCAGCCUGUGCGCUCCGAGGCGGCGGCGGCGGCGGCGGCGCCGAGCGCUCCUCGCUGAGGACGCGGCGCUGGAGCUGGGAGCAGCGAGGACCCCUUUGCGGAGGCUUCCUGUGCCCGCUGGAGUUAAGAUGCCAGGGCGGCUGAUUUGCACCUACUGAGCCUGGAGUUUCCUCCUCUGCUCUGGGAAGGGCUUGCGGCGGCGGCGGCGGCGGCGGCGGCGGCGGCAGUAGCAGACGGAACAGCAGGCUCUCCUCUCCGAGGGGGGGCGUCGAAGCGCCCGCGCCCGGCUCCCGCCCUCACCCUCCGGCGCUCCUGCGGCCCCCAGCCGCCACCUCGGUGCUUGGCUCCUUCCUCUUCUCCCGGAGCGCCGCCCUUGGGAUCGGAUUCGCGCGCUCCGGAUGCUGGGGCUGCCUCGGCGCGCCCCCCUCCCGGCGCGAGGCGCUGAGUGAUCCGGAGGGGGCCCGCAGUCGCCCCAGGAGGGGACCCCGGCCUCGGGACCCCGCGCCGGAGCCACUGGGGAGACGACGAUGUCCGCGCAGCCCCGGGCUCUGACGCGCUCCACGCAGUGGGGGGAAGGCGGCCGGCCGCAGCCAGCCGAGCCCUAGGCGCACAAAGCCCGCGCCCGCCGCCCGGCCUCGGCGCCGGCCGACGACUUUGCCGCCUGCUCCGCAGCUCUUUGUCUCCACUUGGGGCGGGCGCCCGACUCUGGGAUUUCGCUGCGAGAGCGGGCUGGGGGGGCCGGGGGCGAGCUCUCGGUUUCCCGGCCGCCCCCCGCUGGGGCUUGGCUCCCCCCUCCCCCGCACCUCCCCGGCCCGAGCUCUCCGCGCUUCCACGCUCUCGGAAUCACGACCCCUCCCUGCCAUGUAUCCGCAAGGCAGACAUCCGGCUCCCCAUCAACCCGGGCAGCCGGGAUUUAAAUUCACGGUGGCUGAGUCUUGUGACAGGAUCAAAGACGAAUUCCAGUUCCUGCAAGCUCAAUAUCACAGCCUCAAAGUGGAGUACGACAAGCUGGCGAACGAGAAGACGGAGAUGCAGCGCCAUUACGUGAUGUACUAUGAGAUGUCCUAUGGCCUGAACAUUGAAAUGCACAAGCAGACAGAGAUUGCGAAGAGAUUGAACACGAUUCUAGCACAGAUCAUGCCUUUUCUGUCACAAGAGCACCAGCAGCAGGUGGCGCAGGCCGUGGAGCGGGCCAAGCAGGUCACCAUGACGGAGCUAAACGCCAUCAUCGGGCAACAGCAGCUCCAGGCCCAGCACCUCUCCCACGCCACGCACGGCCCCCCGGUCCAGUUGCCACCCCACCCGUCAGGCCUGCAGCCCCCAGGGAUCCCCCCGGUGACGGGGAGCAGCGCUGGGCUCUUGGCACUUGGCGCCCUGGGCAGCCAGGCCCACCUGACGGUGAAGGACGAGAAGAACCACCAUGAGCUGGACCACAGAGAAAGAGAAUCCAGCGCGAAUAACUCCGUGUCGCCCUCUGAAAGCCUCCGGGCCAGUGAGAAGCACCGGGGCUCUGCAGACUAUAGCAUGGAAGCCAAGAAGCGGAAAGCAGAGGAGAAAGAUAGUCUGAGCCGAUACGACAGUGACGGGGACAAGAGUGACGAUCUGGUGGUGGAUGUCUCCAAUGAGGACCCAGCGACGCCCCGGGUCAGCCCGGCACACUCCCCUCCUGAAAAUGGGCUGGACAAGGCCCGCGGCCUGAAAAAGGAUGCCCCCACCAGCCCCGCCUCAGUAGCCUCCUCCAGCAGCACACCUUCCUCCAAGACCAAAGACCUUGGUCAUAACGACAAAUCCUCCACCCCUGGGCUCAAGUCCAACACACCUACUCCGAGGAACGAUGCCCCGACUCCAGGCACCAGCACGACCCCAGGGCUCCGGUCGCUGCCGGGCAAACCCCCCGGCAUGGACCCAAUAGCCUCGGCCUUGCGCACGCCCAUCUCCAUCACCAGCUCCUACGCGGCCCCCUUCGCCAUGAUGAGCCACCACGAGAUGAACGGCUCGCUCACCAGCCCGAGCGCCUACGCCGGCCUGCACAACAUCCCACCACAGAUGAGUGCGGCCGCCGCCGCGGCCGCCGCCGCCUACGGCCGAUCGCCAAUGGUUGGUUUUGACCCUCACCCUCCCAUGCGGGCCACCGGCCUGCCCUCGAGCCUCGCCUCCAUUCCUGGUGGGAAACCAGCGUACUCUUUCCACGUGAGUGCCGAUGGGCAGAUGCAGCCCGUGCCCUUCCCCCACGACGCCCUGGCAGGCCCUGGCAUCCCACGCCAUGCCCGGCAGAUCAACACGCUGAGCCACGGGGAGGUGGUGUGCGCCGUGACCAUCAGCAACCCCACGCGGCACGUCUAUACAGGUGGCAAGGGCUGCGUGAAGAUCUGGGACAUCAGCCAGCCGGGCAGCAAGAGCCCCAUCUCCCAGCUGGACUGCCUGAACAGGGACAAUUACAUCCGCUCCUGCAAGCUGCUCCCUGACGGGCGCACGCUCAUCGUGGGCGGCGAGGCCAGCACGCUCACCAUCUGGGACCUGGCCUCGCCCACACCCCGCAUCAAGGCCGAGCUGACGUCCUCGGCUCCUGCCUGCUACGCCCUGGCCAUCAGCCCCGACGCCAAAGUCUGCUUCUCCUGCUGCAGCGACGGUAACAUCGCCGUGUGGGACCUGCACAACCAGACCCUGGUCAGGCAGUUCCAGGGCCACACGGACGGGGCCAGCUGCAUAGACAUCUCCCACGAUGGCACCAAGCUGUGGACUGGAGGCCUGGACAACACCGUGCGUUCCUGGGACCUGCGAGAGGGUCGGCAGCUGCAGCAGCAUGACUUCACUUCCCAGAUCUUCUCGCUGGGCUACUGCCCCACCGGGGAGUGGCUGGCCGUGGGCAUGGAGAGCAGCAACGUGGAGGUCCUACACCACACCAAGCCGGACAAGUACCAGCUGCACCUGCACGAGAGCUGCGUGCUCUCCCUCAAGUUCGCCUACUGCGGCAAGUGGUUCGUGAGCACUGGGAAAGACAAUCUCCUCAACGCCUGGAGGACGCCGUACGGAGCCAGCAUAUUCCAGUCCAAGGAAUCCUCGUCUGUCUUGAGUUGUGACAUUUCGGCGGAUGACAAAUAUAUUGUAACAGGCUCUGGUGACAAGAAGGCCACGGUUUAUGAGGUCAUCUACUAAACAAGGACUCUGACUGGGCUGUCAGACUCUGGGAGAAAAAGACUCGGCGGUGACAGGGCGACCCCGCGAGGGGCCCCGAGGCUGGCGGAGGCCGGCGGUGGGCAGCCGAGCGGUCCAGGGCUGCGCUCCGGCAGGCCGAGAGGGCGCGCCCGCCACGGUCUGGACCCCUGGGCAUGGACUCCUGUGUCUCAUGGACUCUGACGGAUGUCUCUCCUCCUCCCUGUCCACAACCCUGGCAGAUGCUACAAGUAGAUUUCUUUGGAGGCUUGGGGUUCCAGCCCCCCGACAGACGCCUUCAUGAAUCUCCAUCUUUCCUUCCCCUCUCUUUUGCUCUGUCCCCCUGCCCCGGGUCGGGGGGGACACUGGAGUGGACCAGGUGUUUGUGCUGGGGGAGGGGGGGGAUCUCAUUUUCCCGAUUGUGCAGCGCACAACAUUUGUGAAAAAUGUAAAUAACAGACUCCUCUAUCUCGGACUGGUCAGUGGGGGAGGAGGCCCCUUCCCACCGAAAAUGCUAGCCGCGUACUAGCCGUGUACUUCGCCUGCUGUAUUUGUAACCCACUCGUGGUGGUGGCUUUUUUUUUUUUUUUUUUAAAGGGACAUCCCCAUCUGGGAAGGGGAGGCAGGGAGGGGGAGCCAAAUGGAGAGGGAGUGGA